AGUACAGUCAUCAAGACAAGUAAAUUGGAGUAUGGUCCUUAUGGAUAGCCGUGGAAUGCGUAAAAUGCUAGUUUAGUUUAAUCAGAUUAAGCACACAAACUUGUGAGCGAUGCCUCUUGUUCCUGCUAACCAGCCGCAGCUGAUCCGCUCGUGUCAAAAGGAUGAAUAUUACCAGAACAACCUGACAAACAACGCCAAUGAGCUCUUCCUCACAUUUGCUGGUUCCAGACGUUGGCUUCAGUGGAAAAAGGAAAUCGAGUUGCUGUCUGACCUGACGUACUAUGUCCUUACAACUUUAUCUGGCUAUCAAACACUGGGUGAGGAGUAUGUGAGCAUCAUCCAGGUGGACCCCAGCAAGAGAAGAAUCCCCUCGCGAAUACGCAGAGCGGCACUUAUCUUCUGCCACACAUUUGUGCCUUAUCUUCUGGAGAAGGUCUUGAUCUGUGUGGAGAAUGAGUUGGAGGCAGAAGCACCUCAGAACUCACAGCGAGAGACAAGCAAAACGUGGAACCCACUAUCACACAUGAGGUUCUGGAUUCAGAGAGCCGUGAGGAUGCUGACUGAACCUCAGAGGAAAGCUUUGAUUCCAGUUGUGUUUGCCGUGCAGCAGGGAAUCACUCUCUUAUACAGGCUUCAUGUGGCUCUUUUCUACAUCAGCGGUGCCUUUUAUCACAUUGGUAAAAGAGCUGCUGAUGUUAGUUAUCUAAGAGUGCGAAACGCGACCGAGGAUGACCCGCGCAUCCUGAACAGUUACCGUCUGCUGGGGGCGCUGUCUCUGCUACAGCUGGGCAUCACUCUCACACUGCAGUUUAACAACCUCAGGCAGAGACAGAGAGCUAGACAGGAGUGGAAACAACACAGAAACCUGCUCCCCAGUCCUCAGGUCAGUCAGUCGUCGUUGUCUCGUUCUUCACGCUGUAUCUUGUGUUUGGAGGAGCGCAGACACUCCACCUGCACUCCCUGUGGUCAUCUUUUCUGCUGGGAGUGUAUUACUGAGUGGUGCAAUACCAAGACCGAAUGCCCGCUCUGUCGAGAGAAAUUCCAACCUCACAGAUUGGUGUAUCUGAGAAGCUACAAGUAGACUGUGCUUUAACAGCGCAUGUGUCUUAAUUCCAUUAUUGUUUGGAAAAUAAAGUAAUUCAUGUUUAAAGAUUGCUUUACAUGAAUAUGUAAAUUACAUUCUGUAUAUUUUGUACUAAAUAGACGAAGAAUACUGCAUUGCUAUUAUUACUGAUUAUUUAAGUUGCUUGUGCAGAUUAGAAUGAAAUUCUACUUGUAAUUACAAUUAAUUAAUUUUAAUUGUAAUUUUGUAAUACAAUAAUGUUACAUUUUUACAGAACUUGACAUUUUGGUUUGAUGUUCAGAGCUGAAAAGUAAAGCACAGAUAAAUAAAAAAACUAAUUUAUUUUAAGUUCAUUCAUUAAAUAGUUCAUGGUGUAAGCUGAUUGGUCCUUGACUUGUAAACUGCAUGCCAAUCAACUCCUGUACUCCCCUCUUGUACUUGCCUCCGCUGUUCGCUGGUAAGCCGGUCUCAAUAGCUAUGUUUCCAUCCAAGUAGCAAAUUUAAUUUAUGCCAAAAAACAUAUCGCAAAAACAAUGUGUGAAUAAAGCUGCGUUUCCAUCCAAGGGUGUUCAAAAAGAUGAAAUCGUCACUUGCAGAUAAAUUGUAGCCACUUUGAGUGUUUUUAAUAAAAUCUUUUAAUAAAAUACUGGCGGUUUAGAGCAUGCAGUCAAAACACUGUAAAGAACUUUGUCUUGUUACACACUUAUGGGAGUGCUAUAUAUGUGUGUUCAUCCAUCCUUAUGAUUAUAUUGUGCAGAUGUAUAAGAUAUUACUUAUGGGAGUGCUAUAUAUGUGUGUUCAUCCAUCCUUAUGAUUAUAUUGUGCAGAUCUAUAAGAUAUUUUUCAAAAGUGCCAAGAAACCACCUCUUUCAUACAGUUCAAGUUUGUUUUCGACUCAUUUGCUCUGCAGACUCUUUGUAGGCUUUGGAUUUUCUAGACACCGUUAUUUCAGGAUGACCAGAGCAACAUUUCAGAUCUGAUGAUUGGCCUGCCUGGUAGCCCAGUAAUGAAUGAGUUUUUCAGUCACAUAGCCUUUUUGAUGUGCAACUUUUAUUCCUAACAAAUUCAGUAGGAAUUAAUUCGGUAAAUGUGUUUCCAUCAUAGUUUAUGUGCAUUUCUUCUUAUCGAAUAAAAAAAAUGAUCCACCUCAAGUGAGCGAAUACAUUUUUUUUAUGUGCAUUUUGGAGAUUUAUUCACAUCUUGGUGUUUCCAUCCAGCAGUUAUUAUGUGAUAUCCCAAAAUGCACAUAAAAAACUUUGAUGAAACCGCUAUUGUUGCACGUAACAAAGAGUUUUCUCUCUGAAACCCUCCUCCUCCCCAGCACCACUGGUCUAGGUCUAUUUUAAAGGGAGUGUGCUGUACGUCUAAUUGUGCAGCAGCAGUAUGUCUGUGUAUGUUUGUGUAUGUUCUCCGCAGUAGCAAGUCUUCAUAUUUGCUCUGCAGCAGUUGAAGCAGAUCUUGUCAGCCAAGUCCAAAUCUACUAACUUGUCAUAUUGAUUAGUGCUUUAAAAUAUAUUCUGAGAGUUGUCAUGCCUAAACUGCUGUCUGUGGUUCAGGCAAAUUAAGAAAGUAUAUUUAGACAUGCACAUUUUACUAUUUCAUGUAUGUAUUGUUGAAGGCAGGGGACUUGCUAGAUGCAUAAAUCUAAAGUUCAAAUGGUCACAUUUUGAAAUUAUUUAGCUUAAUAAUUAUAGUAAUUAUAAGCAUUAUUUUAAUGUAUUGUUAAGUUAUGCUAAAUCUAUCUGGCUUUGCUCAGCAUAUCAAGCAAACUUGUAAAAGUACAUUUUAUAGUCAAGGUUGGAUUUUGGACUGGGGAAAUAGGGCCAGUGGCGCCUCUGACAUUUGCCUUCGGCUGUGAUGCCCAUGGUGGCCUGAAAGCCAGAAACAAGCCACCACACAUGUAAAAUUGAAACAGGGGCAAUUGAUGUGAUAUCAUGUUUUCACUGUCCCUUCAUAAAAAGAUUUUAAAAAAAAUGUACAUCUGUAAUUUCAAUAUGAUUCAUUAUAAACUUGUCCUUUACAGUAUGUCUCAAUUUUAUCAUGCAAUUUUGAGUGGAAUGUUGAAUUAUAGUCUUGUAUGUGCCCAGUGCAUCAGGCAUUAUAUCAUAGAGGGGUCUGUUGUCUUAAGAGAUAUUUGAUUCAUGUAGAAAACUUCUGGUAGCUCAUUUAAAAUUGUAUAAAAUGUACAAUGUCUUUGACUUGGGCCAAGAAGUCCACUACAAUCUUGAGAAGAACUCUUCUGUUAGAAGCUAUGUUAUUCUUUUUCAUAGUUUUUUAUUUAAGGUAUUGAUUA